GCCCCGUGCGACUGGCACGACCUGACACGACCUGCGCCGGUUCGUGGACUCGCUGUGGGUCUCCUGGACUGACAGAGUGGUGCGGGGCGACUACCCAGUGUAGCUGUGUGCUAGUGGCGCAGUGACCGCCGCCCCGUGCAGACGCAGUGCAGCCAGCUGGGGCGGCGCUGAGCAAACAGCGCUGCGGCCGCAGACCCCGCCUCCCCGUCCUCCGCCGCCGGCGGCGGGGCGGCAGUGUCACUGGACGGCCGGCGCCGACAGUGCGUGUCACCGGGCGGACUCUGCAGCACAUCUGCCGGCCAGUGGGACGCCGGCAGUCGUGUCAGCAACACCGGCCGGCGGUGCUCUCAGUCAGGGCAGAGCAGUGCUCUUUGUGGAGGUAGUGAGGUAUAUCGGAACGUUGUGAGAGGAGUCGGCGCCGUGGUCCUCCGUUGUAUACCGGCGGUGGGAAUGAACAGGUCGGACGGGCGGGGUGAGACAGUCCGUCAUCUGUGACCCGCCAGUCGUCGUGGCCGUGUCGAUUCCGUUAAAAGUCGGAAGCUCUGACCCGCCAGCCGUCUGGCUACAUCGACUCUGAAUAGUCACACCGUCACUGCGCACUGUGUGUGCGUCAGUUGAUCGGUGACUCCGGUCCAAUCCGCCGCUAUGCUGGCGUGCUGGCGGUUCUGGACGCCGGGCUCGAGGGGCGUGGGCGGCCCGCCGCCUUCUGACGCCGCCGCCGCCUCCUCUACCUCGGAGCAGACUCCGCCACAGGGCGAGGACCGGCCGUGCGGCCCGCUGGCGCCCCACGCCUGGACCGACGAUGCAGAGCUGUCCCCGCCGUCCCUGGCUGGUGAGCUGCUGCCAUGCAUCACGUGCAACAGGACCUUCCUGCCCGAGGCGCUGGCCCGCCACCAGAACAUCUGCCAGAAGACGGCGCACAAGAAGCGCAACGUGUUCAGCUCGUCUCGUCAGCGGCUGCAGGGGACCGGGAUAGACCCGGAGGAUGUGCACCGGUCUCCGUCACCGCCGCUGCGCCGCCGCUCCGGCUCGCGUUCCUCGUGGCGUGACAAGCACACGCAGCUUCUGAACACGGUCCGUUCAGCCCGCGGCGCGGCGCCGGCGGCCGCAGCGCCCGCCGUGCCGCCCGACUACGAGCAGUGUCCCUUCUGCGCCAGGCACUUUGGUCCGAAGGCAGCUGAGCGCCACAUCAGCUGGUGCAAGGACCAGAAGUCGCGUAUUAACACCAGCGCUGCUUCAGCGGUGGCCAAGAACCGGCUGGACGCCCGAGUCAAGUACCAGGCGCCGCUGCCGCUGAAGCCGCGUCCCAAGCGACUCUCGGUGGAGCGGCUCAGUCGCGAGACGUCCCCGGCGGUGUCUGUGGUCAGCUCGGCGCCGUCAGCCACCCCUUCGUCACUGAGCACAGCCCGCAGUCCGACACGGCCCACCCGAGACUACGCCAGGGAGUACCGUGAGCGCGCCUCCCAGGAGCGGGAGCAGAGGAUACAGGAGCGGAAGAGGAGCCCCGCCUCGGUGGUCAGCUCCGGCUAUGGCAAACAGCCGGCCAGUCGGCUGGCCAGGGAAGGCUCGGAGCCGCGCGCUACCAGCCCGACCAAGGAGGCGUUCAGGAGGACCCAGUCGUUCCGCGCGCGGCCGGCCGGCACGCGGGCCACCAACCUCAAACACCAGAGGACAGUCAACACGUUCAGUCCCACGAGCGUCCGGUCGGCGGGCUCUGCCAAGCAGCACCAGUCGUACCUCCAACACCACCAGCAGCAGCAUCAGCAGCGGGACGAGCCGGACGGCGGUGAGGACACUCCGGCCGACCGGCCCGGCUACCAGCGCUCCACCAGCACGCCGGCCGAGAGCGGCGGCGGACCCGAUCACCUCCACCACCACCACGACCACCACACCAGGCUCAGCCCUUCCCGUCAGAGUCACGCGUUCUCGACGGCUCCGGAGCGCUCCCCGUCUCCUCCUCCGCCGCCGCCGCCGCCUGACGCCGGCCAGGAGGCGUACAUUACCCGCUCUCAGCUGGACGAGUACCAGCGGAUCAGUGACGCCGUCAAACAGGACGCCGACUAUGACCCGUACGAGAAAGCGGAGCGGCAGCUGGAGGAGCUGCUCGGCCACGCCAGCUCACCCAGUCCCCCGGCCAAACCGGCCGCCGCCCGACUAACCACUAACCGCUCACCCAGUCCGCUGAGGGCGCCGCACUCCCCGAGCCCGGCCCGGCCCGCCGCGCCCCUCAGUCCGCAGAGCUCCGAGUCGGCUCCGGCGCCGGCACGCUCGCCGUCACCCGGCCGUUCGGCGUUCGCCAAAAUCGAGCGGCCCCACUCGGCGCUGUUCCCGCUCCGUGGCGAUGUGCUCAAACCCACCGCUCUGUCUCCGCGCAAAGACCCGAUCGCUGAGGCCAUCAGCAUCCUGAACGAUUACGCGAUUCAGCAGCGCUCGGCGGCCGACGAGGGCCCGCCCUCGCCACCCUCCUCAGUCGAGUCCAGUCAGACGGUCAUCAACCGGUACGAUUUUGUCUCGAGCGCGAUCGCCUCGUACCGCGAGAACGCGGCGAGCAUGCCGCCGCCGCCGGAGCCGGAGCCGGAGUCGCCGGGGUCUCCUACUAACACGUCUCCCCCCACUAACCACGGCAGCCGGCGACUGGGCGCCGCGCAGCCGUCCCAGGGCUCUGUGGAGACGCCACCGCCGGCCGACGGCGCCGCCUCGCCGCCGUCCCAGCAGCAGCAGCCCGGCUGGAGCGAGCCGCUCUGGCGGCCCAUCGACGACUGCGCGCUCAGCUCCAACCGUUCCAGUGUGGAGCGGAACGGCGGCGGGUUGCACCACCUGCAGUUCCCCGGACUAUCGCUGGGCGGCGACGAGCGCGGCAUGAGUCCCUCGGACAGCCUCUACGAGACGGAGAUGCCCGACUUCGACCUCAUCAUGGAGCAGGCGCGCAUCGCCUCUGAGCGCAAACACAACGCACUCUCGCCGCGCAAGGCGCGCAUGCGCGGUCUGGACAUGAGGGAGAUGAUGGGUAUCGAGGUCUCCGAUCUGAACAUGAAGAACGGCGGCGGCGGAGGCGGCGGGGGCGGCGCUACCUCGCCGCGCUUCUGUCACGAGUGCGGCAGCCAGUACCCCGUGCAGGCGGCCAAGUUUUGUUGCCAGUGCGGCGCUCAGAAACUGUGCAUCUAGUGGCGGUGUGGGUCCGCCGGGCCGUGAACGAAUCAUGCAGUGAGGGCGGGACACCCUCCGUCCAGGGGCACACGCUCAGGCCGUGAGACAGUGCCUUGGCAGCGCGCCGCGCCGCCACAACCGAGUCUGUGAAUAGGUUAAUCGUCGCCGUCCAACGAGAGAUCUUCAUAUUGGGGCAGCAGCAGCUGGGGCGGGCGCCGGGCGCCGCGCCGCCGACUGACACUGAGACAGCUGGGUGAACUGGGACUGUGCCAGAGGCGCCAGAGGAGAGGCGUCUACCGCGGCACAGGUGGGUCGCCGACAGCGCUUUGAACUAACUAGUCUGAGAGGGGUGAGCCAGUGCUGAGAGCCGCGGCCGGGCCGGCGCCGCCCGCCGAGGAUCGUGUGUGAGCGCUAACGUCAAUGUGAGGACGUGCCGAGAGAGCGGACUAGUCACUGAGAGAGAUUGUAUGUAUUGCCGGGACCAGCCGCGCGCCGCAGCGCCCGCGCCUUCACCGACACGACGUCGGCACGUCAGUUGUAUUCUGUUCUUUCAUUACUUAGUAACGCACUAAAUAUUCCAUUCGUGACCUUUGCCCAAUAAAAUAGUAACUGAC